UGGGCCUUUCUACUUUAAAGCACCUCUGUGAAGCACUGCCAUAAAAGCCAGGCAAACAGAGUCAGCUUGAGGGCCACCAUGGAGUUUGUUUAUGCCUCUCUGGCUGUGUUCAGCCUUCUGUCUUUUGGACAGUCAGCUCCCGUGACCAGCUGCGAAAGUCUAACCCAACGUCUGGAAAUCCCAGGACGGGAACAGCUUUUGGGGAGAUGGACGUACAUCGCCGAAAGCACGAACCUCCCCGGAUCCAAAGUGCUGACUAAGAUGUUUGCGGAAACCAGCUGGUGGAACCUGACCGCUGCUAACCGGAUAGAUGUCCUCACUGUUUUUCAAAAUACCAAAAUGAUGGGGCGAUGCUUCAGCGUCACAUCCAGCUUCACUUUGGAAAACAGCACUUUUCACUCGGAGAAACCCUAUGAGGCCACCAGCGUCCUGCUGAGCACCGGGUGUCCCGACUGCAUGGUUAUGUACUCCAACUACACUCUUGGAAGAAGCUCGUACAGCAGUCUGCAGCUGCUCAGUCGGCGAUCAAAGAUCUCUGCCGCUGAACUGACAGAGUUUUCGAGGCAGUUGGAGUGUCUGAGCCUACCCUCAGCUGCUGUGAUGGAUCCAGAAAAAGGUUUCUGCCCAGAUCCGUCUCUUCACCCAGAUGCACCGACCAUUGAUUUGACCAACAGCUUCAACACAAUGGGCUCCAACGACUGGAUUCUGAUUGACAAGUUUUUCAGGAGCGGGGAAGGGGUUAAGACGCUCAUCGACAUGAUCAAGACCUUCACCGGCGCUGAAGGAAAAACCAACCAGUAGCAACGUCAGAAAUGUCAAGUCUGGAACGAUCGCUGCACUCGAAAAUAAAGACGGUGUGAAAAAGGAUGCACGGCUUUUGCAGUUUUGUGUCAUGUAAUGCUGAUGGUCUAAUUCAUAUAUUUAUUCUGUCAGUCUCCACGUGACAUAUUCAUUUCCUGAUGAAGGCACUAUGGAAAACAAGAAAAUUGACAAAUAAGGUUGGACAGGUUGUUACUAGUUUCACUCUCCUAACUUCUGAAUAAAAAAAAGACUAUAAAUGCAUCAUGCAGACUUUAUGAAUUGAUCAAAGACCUGUUUUCUAUCGA